GAAUUCCAAUUAUGUGCAGAAUGCUCAAACUUCUCACUCGGACGGAGCGGACAGUGCAGGAAAGGGGACUCCCAUAAUUUCGGGAUUGCAUUUUGCAUCGAGUCUCGCUGAGUUCCGUGCUAAAGCUCAGAUAGGGAGGGAGCCGGGGCCCCGGGCCAGCGCUACUGGUGGAGAGGGUCGGCUGGCAGCUCCGCGCGCCCCUGGCCAUGUCGCCUUUAAAGCCCUACCCCUUUGCGUGGCCUACUGAGGGUUUCCCGGGCUGGCCGGAGUUGCUUCCUCCCUGCACGUUCUCUCUUACCCCCAGACAACCCCAGCAGACGAGGCUCCUGGGAGCCGAGAGCUUUUGACUCCCCGCUCCCUCGCUCCCCUCCCCCGCGCCCGCCGAGGGGUGGCCCUCAAGAGCCGGACUUUGCCGGCCCCGGCCCCGGGGGGCUGGGACCAUGGUGUUUCUCUCCGGAAAUGCCUCCGACAGCUCCAACUGCACCCACCCGCCGCCACCGGUGAACAUUUCCAAGGCCAUUCUGCUCGGGGUGAUCUUGGGGGGCCUCAUCCUUUUCGGGGUGCUGGGGAACAUCCUCGUGAUCCUUUCCGUGGCCUGCCACCGGCACCUGCACUCGGUCACACACUACUACAUCGUCAACCUGGCGGUGGCCGACCUUCUCCUCACUUCUACGGUGCUGCCCUUCUCCGCUAUCUUCGAGAUCUUGGGCUACUGGGCCUUCGGCAGGGUCUUCUGCAAUGUCUGGGCGGCAGUGGACGUCCUGUGCUGCACGGCUUCCAUCAUGGGACUCUGUAUCAUCUCCAUCGACCGCUACAUCGGCGUGAGCUAUCCUCUGCGCUACCCCACCAUCGUCACCCAGAAGAGGGGCCUCAUGGCCCUGCUCUGCGUCUGGGCGCUCUCUUUGGUCAUCUCCAUCGGGCCACUCUUCGGCUGGAGGCAGCCGGCCCCGGAGGACGAGACCAUCUGCCAGAUCAACGAGGAGCCGGGCUAUGUGCUCUUUUCGGCCCUGGGGUCCUUCUACGUGCCGCUGACCAUCAUCCUGGUCAUGUACUGCCGGGUCUACGUGGUGGCCAAGAGAGAGAGCCGGGGCCUCAAGUCGGGCCUCAAGACCGACAAGUCAGACUCGGAGCAGGUGACGCUCCGCAUCCAUCGCAAAAACGUCCCGGUAGGAGGCAGCGGGGUGACCAGCGCCAAGAACAAGACGCACUUCUCCGUGAGACUGCUCAAAUUUUCGCGCGAGAAGAAAGCGGCCAAAACGCUGGGCAUCGUGGUCGGCUGCUUCGUCCUCUGCUGGCUGCCUUUUUUCUUAGUGAUGCCCAUUGGGUCUUUCUUUCCUGAUUUCAGGCCCUCAGAAACCGUUUUUAAAAUAGCAUUUUGGCUUGGUUACCUAAACAGCUGUAUCAACCCCAUUAUAUACCCAUGCUCCAGUCAAGAGUUUAAAAAGGCCUUUCAGAAUGUCUUGAGAAUCCAGUGUCUGCGACGAAAGCAGUCCUCCAAACAUACCCUGGGCUACACGCUGCAUGCACCCAGCCACGCCCUGGAGGGACAGCACAAGGACCUGGUUCGCAUUCCGGUGGGAUCUGCAGAGACCUUCUAUAAGAUCUCCAAGACAGAUGGGGUCUGUGAAUGGAAAAUUUUCUCUUCCCUACCCCGCGGAUCUGCCAGGAUGGCGGUGGCCAGAGACCCAUCAGCCUGCACCACUGCCCGGCAAAGUGAUAAUUUCCUGAAAUCCUUCUGAAAGGCUAAUUUGUUUGCAUACUGCCAUGGAAGGACUUUUAACCACCAAACUAGCUGCACACAGCUCUGGUGGAGCUCCAGUUGGAACACUGUUGACAUCUGCUCCCUGUCUGCAAACUGUACUUUGGAGCAGGGCUGAGCCCAGACUGCUGUGGGGUCCGUCAUCUUCCAAAAGCAAUGGCAGCAGUGAGAGCCUCUGGCCCUCCAAGUCCCUGCAAGAUGAGUGAGUGCAGAUGACUGUGAUGGGGCUGGGCUGUCAAGAGCAAGCUGGAAUUUGAGCAGAGGAUGCCGGAUCUUGCCAGCGAUCCUGUCAGCAUUACCUCUUUCCCUCUUACCCAGACCUCAAUGUCACAGGGGCUGUGGAUGGAUCUUGUCUGCUCUGUACAGGAAAAAGUCAUGUCUUGGCUACUGCAACAUGAACUACUGAGUCUUCUACCUCGAAGGAAGGUCAUGGCGUUGGAAGAGGGCUGUGGAGGAGGAGGAAGACUUACCCUGGACAUUGCUCAAAGCUGUUCAGUAAUGCGUUCCUGCAACUGCUCAACAAGAAACUUCCCUAAAGCUGUUGCUGAUUCAUUUCCAAAGACAAAUCAACUGUCUUUCCUCUACUUGUGGCUCAGGAGUCACUACGUUACUUGCCCUCCAUAGCAUAGUCAAAGUGCCACAUCUUGAGCUAUAAAUGAUUAUUGCAAAACUAUGAGGAAUCCAUAUUUAAUUAGAUUAUAAAGUCUGAGGACAAAUUUGUACUAUAUUUGGCAGGCGGGGGAGGGGGUGGAAUCAAGGCUCUGAUCUGUUAGAAAGCUUGAAUACAAUAACUGCAUUCUGAUGUGAUGGGCUUCCGCUGUAGCUCAGCGGUAAAGAAUAUGCCUGCAAUGCAGGAGACACUGGUUCGAUCCCUGGGUCAGGAAGAUCCCCUGGAGAAGGGCAUGGCAACCCACUCCAGUAUUCUUGCCUGGAGAAUUCCAUGGAUAGAGGGAUCUGACAGACUAUGGUCCAUGGGGUCACAAAGAGUUGGAAACAAUUGAAGCAUGCACGCACAUUCUGAUGUGAUAGAAAAGAAACUACAGACAGUCCCAACAGAAGUUUAAUAUUUUCUUCUAUUUAUACAUUUCAUAUGAGUCCAAAGUAUAUUUGCAUGUCUCGAGUCCUACCCCGUGAGGUAGGAAGAGAAAGAAGGAAUUAUGUUUAUUAGCGUAUGAAGAGCCAAGGGGAGGAAUGAGGUUAAGCCGAGGAUUUCUUUAAAUAUCUUCAAAUCCAGCCUCUGACUUCUUUUUCCUAGAUGCCUUGAAUAUCCUCAAGGUCCACUGCAUUUCUCAAGACCCUGACAUUCACAUUUCACUCACUCACCUCUGAGCCGUAUUUUCAGCUCCGUUUGUACCUUCUCUCCCGCUGUAUCUCUGCUGGUGGCUGGACCGAUCAAGAUUGUUCUGGGGGCUGAGUGCAUAUUUGUCUAGGCUUCUCUCAUUGGCUAAAAGACAAGCAGAUGUUAUACUGCUCAUUCUCCCUAGAUAGGCAGCAGCAGAGCUAAGGAAAUAAGCAGGGCAGGAGGGGCUCUUGGCUUGCUCAACGCGGUGACCUGUCAGGCAAAGACAGCAGUGACUGACACCUUAAGGACUUCAGGAAUGCAAAAGCCCCAGAGAGAGUUUUGGGAAUGUUCAUUUCCCUGUGAGCCUGAGAGUUGUAUGCACAAUGAUCAUUACCGUCAGCAAGUUGUUCACUUCUCCUGCACCAGGCGCUGCAUUUGGCACAAAAAGUAAAAGAAAAUACAGGAGGGCACGGACAGUCCCCAGCUUAUGAUCUGAGUGUGUUCCAAACUCAUCUGUUGCAUUUUUCCAAGAGGCUUUGUUAUAAAUGGAGGUGGGGGAGGAUGUUCUCAGAUGAACCAAAAACAAAAAAUAAAAAUCUAUUUAAUAUACACCUGGGGUUGGCCAACAUUUUCUGCAAAUGGCUAGAUAGUAAAUAAUUUCGGCAUUGUGGGCCAUACAGUCUCUGUCACACAUUCUUCUUUGUUUGAAUUUUUGUGUGGGGAGGGGAGACCCUCUAAACAUGUACAAACCAUUCUUAGUCCACAGCCUAUACCCAAGAAAAACAAAAUAGCAACAGGCCAGGGGCCAUAGUUUUCUAUCCUUGAUCUCUGCCAUAACUUGUUUACAGCAUAGUACAAACAAUGCUAAGCACUGGAUUUGGUUGUUCAGCAGCAAGUUUUUUGUUUUUUUUUUUUUUUUAAUGUUCAAUUGCCACAUCUACACUUGAUUACAUCAGCAUCUCCAAACUGUACGAGUUGUUAAGUAAAGUGACAGCGUUCAUGUUCAGGACUGGAGCCUGCUCCAGUAUGACCUGCCCACCCAAAAGAUAAACCCCAGUAUGUCACUGUGAUUUUCAAUCUCCCCUCCCACUGCUGUAUUCUGCAGAGCCAGCAGUUCAGCAGAAGCCCAGGCCCAUCCACAGGGGUCUUUUUAGCUCUUUCCUUCAUUGGAAAAAUACUCCAGCACAGUCUGGCCAACUCUGAGAGCAGCAACAGCCAACCACAGCCACUUGACUAAGGCCAAUGUGAAGUUCCUCCCAGACUGCUUGAGGCUGCUGUAGGGAGGUCCUCACUUGGCUCCAUGGGGAGGCCUCCUGACCAUAGCACAAGUACCCGGACAAUUAGCUGUCUGCUACUGGAGCUCACCAGGACCUGGGGUCCAGAGGAGGUGCUGGACAGGCAAGAAGGUCAAACCAGUCACUCCUAAAGGAAAUAGAACCUGAAUAUUCAUUGGAAGGACUGAUGCUGAA